UUCCUCGUCAGUCAAUCCGGCGUCGCGCGAGCUUUCGGUUGCGGUCGUCGCGGCUCCCUGAGCUUUUCUACCAGUUUUGGUUCGCCUCGAGUCGCCGUACAGAUGCAGUAAAUCCCACGGGGAAAAGCGCCAAUCGUCAAGGAUGCAGCCCCCGUUGCCACACGGAUGUACUGGACUCAUUUCAAUGGUGGUGAGCUACCGGCGGACAGUGGGGGUGUUGUCGAGGGCGGCGCCCAGGUCGACGCCGAGGCCUGCGUGAGCCAGGAGGCCCAUUCUUGUCCAAGUUCUCGUAAACAGCAGCGUAAUCCGCGGCGGCAAGGAGAGGAACGGGAAGCCCAGGAUCAAUGGCAGCUGCCGGCGGAAGAGGACCACGGGCCCCCGAUACAUCGUCGCCAAGAACAACCCGCGGACAUGGUGGCCCAGGAGAUGGCCCAGGGCUACACCCAGCUCCUUCACGACGGGCAGGAGCCUCAGGAGUUCAUAUCCCUCGAGGAACUUAAGCCAAGGCUGCAGGAUCAGGACCGCCAUGGCCGCACUCAAAGCCACAACGAGGUACGGACGGUACCAGCUUCCCCCAACUCAGCUCUCUAUCAUCACUCCGGACAGCAGCGGUCCUACUACAAUCUCACCCCGGUUCCAAAGAGUUCUCGCUCCUCGGUGUACUUUGGUGGGACCGACACCGGGGUCGAAGACUUGGCCGUACCUGCAGGAGGCGUUGGACCCGGUGGCGGCGGUGUUCCAAACCCUCAGGGUCCGAUGGGGGCCGAAUCGGGAUCCCGGAUGAAAGCCGAGCAGGGAGGUGCAGCGACCGCCUCCCAUCAUUACCGACAGGCCAGUCAUCAACAUCAUCACCAUCGCCAUCACCACCACCAACAAAGUCAGAAUCAGAGUCCGAAUCACUACAAUUCCGACCACUGUACUCCGCUGCACGUCCAGCCUUUCGAGUCGCCGUCAUCCGUCGACGCAGGGUUUGCCCCGACGAUAAGGAAGCGGAAAAUUUCCUGGAACGAGAGUGGUGAAUUGCAGAACGACACGGGAGAUGACACCAAAUCAAUCAGAACGAACGACGACAGUAAAAGUGAGGGUAGUGAAUUGCAGAACGACAGGGGAGACGACACCAAAAUCGUAAGAAUGAACGACGACAAUAAACGGCAAAAUCAUAGCGAGAUCGAAAAACGUCGACGAGAUAAGAUGAACACUUACAUAACCGAGUUGUCGGCGAUGGUGCCGAUGUGUCACGCGAUGUCGAGGAAAUUGGAUAAGCUGACCAUUCUCAGGAUGGUUGUGCAACAUGUUAAAACUAUCCUGGGCACUGCCGCUCCGUAUACAGAGGGACACUACAAGCCCCCUUUCCUCAGCGAUCAAGAGCUCAAGAUGCUGAUUCUCCAGGCAGCCGAAGGCUUCGUCUUUGUGGUUGGUUGUGACCGGGGCCGGAUCCUUUACGUCUCGGAAUCGGUUUCGCAAACGCUUAACUAUUCUCAAACGACAAUUGCAACUUUACUUGAUAAAAAACGCUGGUUCCCGCAGAGUGACUUAAUGGGUCAGAACUGGUUCGACAUCCUGCAUCCCAAGGACGUCGCUAAGGUCAAAGAACAGCUUUCCUCCUCCAAUCUGAGCCCGAGGGAGCGCCUGAUCGACGUUAAGACCAUGCUCCCAGUCAAGACUGACAUACAGCACGACGUGUCGAUGCUCUGUCCGGGGGCUCGAAGAUCUUUUUUCUGUCGAAUGAAGCGAAAACUGGAGAACACGCGAUGCGGGGAUCCUAAGGUGAAGGAGGAAGCAGACACAACGACCGGAUGUCAUCGGCGUAAGAAACAGCAGAAUAAUGAUUGUAAGUAUUGCGUCAUUCAGUGCACCGGAUACUUGAAGACUUGGGCUACGGCGAAAAUCGGACUUGAAGAGCAGGAAGGCGAAGGCGACGGAGAAGCGUGCAAUCUUUCCUGCCUCGUUGCGGUAGGUCGAGUUCAACCGCCACUUCCGGCUUUCUCUGCACCCCGAAGACCAAAUUUGAGAACGAUACAGUUCGUGUCGCGUCACGCCGUGGAUGGAAUAUUUUUAUCCGUCGAUCAGAGAGUCACACUGGUGCUCGGCUUUCUUCCUCAAGAACUGUUAGGAACGAAUAUUUACGAGUAUUACCACCGCGAUGAUAUUUCGCACCUCGCAGAGUCCCACAAAGCGGCUCUCCAGACACGGGAAAAAGUAACCACGCAGGUGUACAGGUUCAGGAGCAAAGAGGCCACUUUCGUCCGAAUGCAGUCCGAGUUGAAGUCUUUUCGAAAUCCUUGGACGAAAGACGUCGAGUCGCUGAUAGCUAAGAACUCGGCAAUUUUUUCCGACGCGAGGCAAGUCGAAAGUAGCGCGGCAAAAUCCGAAGACUCCAACGUUCAGGGAAACUACGAUUAUCUCGCCCAAAGUAACGGUGGAUUAGAAAGACUGAUCCAAAAUCACAUAGAGGUGAGUAAAAUCGGACGACAAAUAGCCGAGGAAGCCUUGGACUCGCAACGGAAGGGCGAGGAAUUCUCACCAGAUCCCGGAUCGGAGCCUAAUUCCGGAAAUACGGAGGCGCAAAUAUCGACGACAGUUUUCCCCGAAGGAGUAAUAGACAUAUCGGUACCCGGAGUCGGAAGUGACAACAGCAACAGUGAUUUGACGCCAUCUUUUACCCAGAUAAGAAACAACGUCCAAUUGAGCAGCAUAUCUAACGAUCAAGGAGUUUCGCCCGACGAAAGUAUGAUGGAGAUGAUCGGUGACUCCAUUAUCAACGAAUCUCCAAAUCCGACACUGACUGAUGGGAACGACGAGGCAGCGAUGGCUGUUAUCAUGAGUCUCCUCGAGGCUGAUGCAGGUUUAGGAGGUCCGGUAGAUUUUUCUGGGCUACCCUGGCCGCUUCCAUAAGUUAAGACUGUAUUUUAACGUAUGUAAAUGUGAUAACUUCAUGUACCGAAAAUAGUGCAAUUUUCAAAAAGGAUUGUCGCUGUGCGCUUACCGCGUUUGCAAAGGUGUUUGAAUACUUUUUACAUCGCGCCAAAACGAGCUUGGCUCACUUCAGAAUAAUACUCUUAAUGGUAAAAAUGUUACGAUGUUCAAAGUUGUACAGGCGACGAUAGAUAAUUGUAAUUGUAAUAUAAGUAUAGAUUUAUGCGUAUGCGUGCGCGUGUGUGUGCGUGCGUGUGUUUAUUAAAACAAGUGUCGCCUGUACCAUAUCAGGUCUCUGCGAUUCGGUGAUUAUUAAUUUUUCCCAUUAUUCGAUUUUUCGAUUUUGCAGUUAAUCGGUUCUUCAAUUAAUUGAAAAUCAUUCCGCUUAGCGAAUCAUUUCUUAAUUUAAUCGAUUCGUCGGUUUAUUUGCUUGCUUUUCCGAUAAAUCAAUCAAUCGAGUGUUAUAUUUAUUUGUACAAUAGAAAAUUAUUGCAACACGCGAUGAAUUUUUAUGACAAAAGCGAAAUAGGGUGAUCUCCAUAAAUGUGUAAGUACUUAAUUAGUAAUCAUGACCAUACAUGUGUAAAUAUAUAGAUAAUAUGUGUAUACGUACAUAAAUAUGUAUGCAGUAUAUUAUGUAUAGUGCGCUGUCAAGUGAUGCAUACCUGAUUAUAUUAUAGGGAUUACGAAUAGUUGAUGAUUGCUGAAUAUUAAGCCGGAUUGAAUUUUUUACUCUUUAUGUAAUUUAUACUUCUAAGAAAAUGUCCCUUCUAGUUUUAUUUAGCAAAUUGAAUAAAAUCUUUCUUUUCUUAAUUCUUUCCGUUUUUUGACAAGUUCAUUUUUAUUUUUACUUCAAAUGUCAAUGAAUAAAUUGGAUCGGAUUUUAAAUGCAAAGUGCUGAUUAUCUGCGAAUAGUUGUCAUUACGUAAUAAUUACUCAAAAUAGAUGUUGUAUGUGAACCCUGAAAAAACUUUUUUCUCCACAUAUCUGUAAAAUCAAAUAUUUUAUACGUCAAAAUAUGUCUUUACUUUCAUGCCAAACCUUUUUAAUAUUUUGUAACAUGACUUGACUAGUUCUGUAAUGUCGUUUUUCCGUUAUUUUUUAUUUAUUUAAAUUUACCUAUUUAUCUUCAAUUAGCAUGUAUUCUUCAACUUUUUAAAAGGAAAAUCUUUUAUUCUCUACCAAGUUGGUGCGUAGUGAUGUCGAGAGGUAGGGGAUUUUUUUCAGAUAAUUUACCUAGUUCUUUCUUUUCAAAAUUCUUAUCUGUUCGGAAUAUCUUCUAAUUUCUAUUACGAGAAGUUCGCAGAAAAAAAUUUUAGCAGGGAAAUAAUAUUAUGGAAUAUUUUGAAUGCAAGAAAAAAAUACGUCUAAAGACACAAAUUCCCUAUCCAAACCUGAAAUAAUUUGUAAGGUUUUUUUUUUUGGCGCAUGCACACUCUCGAAUAACUUAAUGUUACGCAUUGUGUAAUUGAGCGCAAGUUAUCUAACAAUACGUCCAAUUUUACGUGCUCUCAGUGACACCUUCGUUGCUUCUCAACUUUAUAACUUUAUCGGAAAUCACCGACUUUCCGCACUUGUAACACAAUGCACCAUUCUCACGCAAUGACCUUUAUGCAAAAUAAGAUUGUCCACGCUUUCAUGUAGAUAUUAAACAAAUAUCGAUAAAAAUAAGACAUCCUUAAUACACUGUGAAAAAGAAUCGUUCCUUCGAAAAAGAUUACUUGAUGAAGGUAAAAAAAAAAAAAUGAUUCUCAUUGAGGCAACGAAAGAUUUCGUGGAAUCAACUAGCCAGUGUAGGUUUUGGGAAAUAAUUAAAGAUUUGACGAGGUCAAGUAAAAUUAAGUUCGAGCAACAAUAGUCUAUUGUGUUAUGAGUGCGGAAAGUAGGCAAUUUCCGAUAACGAUGAGCGUUAAGUUUGCAGCGUAAUAUUAAGUUAUUCGACAAUGCGCAUGCGUCAAAGGACGCCCUUGUGUGUAAAGUGUAACAUUAUGAUAGUACGCGUGCCCAAAUCUUGUUUUACCGCAUUGUUUGGAAAUUGGACAUCUUACGCAUGUUCCACAGGCUAAAAAAAUUGAACCUUCCAAGUAGGUGUCAGGAGAAAUAUUUUUUUCGCCACCCGCAAAAUAACGUAUGUUUCGCUGAAACAAAUUUUUUCUCAGUUAAAUAAAUUGCUAUGAGUCUCUUUCAGGAAGACGUUUCUACCGAAUUAUUCAUCUUUGCAAAAUUACGUUGAAGACGAACACCAGAUUUAUCGAAAUAAAAGAUGAGGUCAACUUAUCUGUAAGAUGAUUAACUUAGUUAAAAUUAUCUGAAUUACGUACAACACUGCUUACAAAGAAUAUCGAACGAUGUCAGUUUAAGUUUGCGAAAUUUCGUAGGCAUAAUUAAUAUAACCUCACGAUCUGUUAUUGUUGACAAUUCGAGUAUUCGAUGUUACAUGCAAGUUUAGUCGUAUAGUUAUGUUAACCAAGUUAUACCGAAGUUAGUAUCUUUUAUCGUAAGUAAAUUAUUAUAAGUAGACAUGUAUUACAAUUAAUAAGUUGAUAAGCGUUA